GACAGCAUCAUUACCCAUAUUGAUCCCUUCCUCGCCCCCAUUCAGCCGUCUUGUACCGCCUGCGAUGUGGCAGCCUUCCUUGAAUUUUCUCGCUUUACAUUGUCAGUCGAUCCAAUUGGCUCAAUUACCUUGUCUCAGGCUAAAGAUGAAUUAGAUGCUUGGAUUAUUGCUCUCAGUCUUUCGAGUUUGCUUAUCCUAUAUCCCAAUGGCAACAUACGGGCCAUUGAUGCUUAUUUCUUCGGUGCCAGCGCUGCUACGGCGUCAGGAAUCAAUCCGUUAUGGAAAUUCAAACUAGUUAAUAAUACUUCGAGUAGUAUUGAUCUCAAGGCUCUGAAGACAUAUCAACAGGUUUAUCUUUACGUCAUCCCAACACUGGGCAAUUUGAUGGUCAUCAAUAUUGCUGUUGUUGUUGUGCGAUUAUGGUGGUUUGAGAAACAUCUGAAAGAAAUUGCACCUAGUCUUCUGAGAAGGGAUCACACUCGAAGCGCAGCAAGCAAUGUGGAGGCAGAUAUCGAACACUCAGAAAUCAUAAAUACAGUUAAUUCUGUUCUCAUCAAUGGUCGCAUUGGUGAUAUUACUGAGGAAGAUGGUCCUUCCAGAACUACGGACUAUGGCUCAAUCAGGCUGGCGGGUCUUAGAAGUAACCCCAGUGAGAACGGGUCUUAUGCCAUCAAUACACGAGCAAGAGAGGGUGUUAACACGAACACCGGUACAAGCAUUCAGUUCGCAGACGACCCACGCCCACGAGAGCAUAAUGAUCAAGCCAAAGCGCUAUACAUACCUCCCCCUUGGAAACGUGACAGAGGUUAG